AUGAUUAGCUCGAGUGCCAAGAUCGUGAAGCCCAACGGCAAGAAGCUGGUCGAGGUCGAGGGGUGCUCUGCUGGAGCUGGAGAAGAACUCGGACCUGAGGGCGCGGCUCAGGGAACUGAACACACGGCAGCCAAGGAAAUUGUAGUUGGCAGUGGUCUGAAAGUUAUCAUAGUCUUUGUUCCUGUCCCUCGACGGAAGCCCUUCCAGAAAACCCAAGUGCAGCUGGUAUGCAAACGGGAGAACAGCUCAGCGGGAAGCACGCGGUCUUCACUGCUUAGAGGAGAAUUAUGCCUAAGCCAACCUGAAAAAGCCGCAGGAAGAAUAAGCAAAAGCAUCCCAGGAGCCGCACUCUGUCGCCGCACAUGCAGCAAUCCUGGAGGAUGUGGUCUUCCCCAGCGAAAUUGUGGGUGCGAGGAUCCAUGUGAAGCUGCACAGCAGCUCAAGUUCCACCUGGACAGAGCCCAGCAGAACCACGUGGAGCACAAGGUCGAAACUUUUCCUGGUGUCUACAAGAAGCUCACAGUCCCUGGGCCUCUUUCCACUGCUCUGCACACUCUUCGCAGCCUUUCUGAAGGAUGCACCCCACUUCAGAAUCCCGUGUUGUCCCCUGAGUGUCCUGACUGGUACCAAAACAGGCUGCUGCUGGGGCGCAUGGGGGCACCAUCCCUGUACCCUGCAGUGGCACCAAGCUCAGGGCCUCCAAGCCCCUAA